UAUGGAUCACGUGGACCUGGAGCUGUCGGCUGGGUUUCCGGAUUUGGUUUGAACCCGCGGAGGAGACUCAGGAGGAGGCUGAUCGAUAGUUAUGAUCAAUAAGUGAGCGGAAGCCAACAGACGGACCUAAAUACCUGUCUGCACACCUGUGUGAGUCCGUCAUGUCCAAACAGAGAGGCUGCAAGACUCUGAUCAUCACGGACGAUGAGGAGGUGAAGGAGGAGGAAGAGGAGCUGAACCCCUUCUCCUUCAAAGAAUUUCUGCGCUGGAAGGACCAGGACCCAGACCCGGACCCGGACCCAGACCUGGAGCAGACACACACAAAGUUCAGCGGCUCUCAGAGGUUGUUUGGAAAUUUGGCCUUUGAGCCUGAUGUCAGCAGCUGUAUUUUCCCUGAGCCCUCCCGGGCCCCACAGGAGGAAGAAGAGGAGGCAGAGUGGGGGCGGAGCUUCCAGUCAGGUGUAGACAGCACCUCCUCCCUCUGCACAGAGGAGGAAGAAGAGGAGGAGGAAACCAGGUUCUCCUCCAAACCUGAAGGAGCAGCAGGUAGAGGAGGAGGAGGAGGAGAGAACUAUGAAGGAGAUGAUGAGACCUCUGUGGCUGAGCCAGUCACCUCCUGCAGGAGGAGGAGUGCCAGGAGCAGCCAGAUGCAACAGCUGAAAGAGGAGAAUACCUCACUGAGAAGAACCAUCAGAGAGCUGCAGAGGAGAGCGGAGGCUAAUGAACGCAGGGUGUCAGAGCUGUCAGACGAGCUGCUGCAGAGGAGGCGUCAGGAGGAGAAGGAGGCUCAGGACCUGGAGAGCAUGGUUCACUCUGUGGAGCAGAACCUCCACCUGAUGACGAGACGAGCUGUGAAGGCAGAAAAUGCCGUUUCCAAACUGAAGGUGGAGCUGCAGCAGCUACAGGCCGAGGUGGACUCUCUGCGGGUGGAGAACAACAGCCUGAAGGCGGCAGAGUCUCAGGUCGUUAUGACGAUGAGACAAAAUGCUCAGGUGGCAUCCGAGUACCUGAAUAAGACGGCGAGCCACGCCCACUCCUCCAUCCGGCAGCUGCUGGGGGAAGCAGAGACUCUCCGUUUGGUCUCUCAGCUGCUGCAGUCCAUCGAUAAAAUCUCCUCCCUGAACUCUGAGUCCUGAACUCCUGCGGACCUCCUGCUGGAUCUGCUUAGACCUUUUGGUUGUCAUGGAAUCAGCCAGGUCACUCUGUGAGGUCAGAGGUCAGCAGGUGUUUUAUUUUGAAAGAGCAGCUCACCUGUGCUGACUGUUGAUUGAUGGACACAGAGCUGUGUGUGGUGUUCUCAGCAGUCUGAUGAAGUGUUGAGUAAAGAGCUGCAGUGUGUUUGAUAUUGAUUCAUAAAUUCUUUGAUAAUAUUCAGUUCAAUUCAGUUUUAUUUAUAUAUUGCCAAAUCACAACAAGCGGUUGCCUCAAGCUGCUUUAUAGUGUAAAGACCCAUCAAUAAUUAUAAUAAUAAAGCACUUUGUUAAUCAGCUGUUUGUUUCUGUGUGUUGAUGACAUCACAGAUCAACUCAUGAUCCUCCAAACUCAGAUUUCUGUGUGUCCUGCUGUCAGAGGCUGCGUGGAGCAG